CCACAACAAGAGCAGAGGAGAUCAUAUGGCAAAGUGACACUUAAGACAGCUUAAGACAUCUUACAGGGCAGCAUCUCUAUUACAAUGGGGUGCACUCUAUUGACCCAUCCCACACACGUGACCUUCAUCAAAAGUGCCGCCAUAUUGUACAUGAUUCCCGCGAUUUAUUAAUAGCGACCUACACAACAUACGAAGACAACCGAUUACUUUUUAAAGAAAAGACGAUGCAGAAAACACCUCCACUUUCACUUUCCAGUGAGGUUGAGCAUUUAGUGGGACAGCAGAGGGAGAGGUAUGUUGAGAAGCUGAAAAUAGCAGGUGUAGAAAACGAUGUUUACCUGCUCCCACCAGGACUUUUUACAGAUGUCCGGCAGCAUGGGACCGCAUCAUCCUUACCGGAUUUCGGACCACACGACCUGUAUAUGUAUGUUGUAAACAAUCCAUCACCAUACACUGGAUAUGAUCUCAAGGCUUUCAAGAGUUUAGAUGCAUAUAAAUAUUAUGCUUCUGGCCAUGUCACAUGCCUUAACCAGUGGAUCGUCCCAGGAGCCAGUGGUCGCCAUCUUUUUACAGCGAAGGUUUGUACACACUGUGAGUGGUACAUUUUACAGAAGGUAAUGUUGGCUCUUUUUUUACGUUCAUUGCAGGUUCAUCACUCGUGCGCCCUCACAAGCGAGGUCCUUAAACCAUGGGCUGUGAUCCAAAAGGAUGGAAGGGUUCUGUGUGGACACUGCACUUGCAAGGCUGGGCUCGGCGAAGUUUGUUCCCACAUCGCAGCCUUACUUUAUACUCUCGACGCAACUGUAAAGAAAGCCCAAGAAAAAAGCUGCACAGAUGGCCAUCGGCAGUGGGGACCUUUGUAGAUUGUGGAUUGAUUACUGCAAUAUCCUUUAUUUAUUAGUCCCAAUCACAAAUCUAUA